GGGGCUGCUGCGUCGGGAAACGCAGCGCAUACCGUGUGAGACCCCGUUGCUCUCGUAGCCCGGCCCGUCGGCUGAUACGAAAGUUAUUGCCAGAUGCUUCAGGGCACGCACAAGUCACGCUUAGAGGAGAGAUGGGGAGUCCCCAGGCUUGAUGAAGGCUGGCGUUUGAUGGAUAUGAUUAGAAUUAACUGUAACCAGACGUUCUUCUUGUGUGUUUAUUUACACAUAUGCGUACACAAAUACAUGUCUAUAUGUAUCUGCAUAUAUAGGUAACAUUAGGGCACAGCAUGUCAGUAGCAACUGGUGAAAUUUAGGCUAAUUUGAUUUCCCAGAUUGACAGACUUGUGGAGGAAUUUAGAGCCUGUGAAAUGUGGUCCCUGACCAUUGCUUGUAGAAACUACCAGUCUGUGCAUCUACUGGUCAUUUUUUGGCAAAAUUACUAUCAUUUGCUCAUUUCUUGGAUGUAAUUUUGAGGUUUUAUAGACUCUGCACUAAAAUGUACAUGCAUGUACAUGUGCCUCUACAGUAGAGGAGAGGGGAUUAGAAUGCUUUGUGCAAACCUCUAAGAAUUUGUCAUUGUUAAGACAAUUAUUGUCCAGAUGGUUUCAUUGAUUUGUUAGGCCAUUAACCUGUUCGUAUUUUUCCACUCUUCACUUUUCUAGAAUAGCUUUGUACUUCUGGUUCAUCUCUUUCUUUUUUUCUUUCUCGAGUGAGCUCAGACUCAAGCAAAGAGCUCUCUUUCUAUUGCUGGUUUAUGUUCCUUUGUCACUGAGUAGUAAGUAAGCAGAGGCAUUUAUCCAAUUUCUGUUCUCUUUCUGUAGUUUUGCCAAAAUCACAAAUGUUUGGGGUGAUGUUCCCAACAAAACACUUUGAUGAUUCCUCUCUAUAUGCUGCCUCUGUUUCUCUGAACAGCUGUGUCUGCAUGCUGACAGUUACCUUCACUGUGGUCCCGUCCCCUGCUCCCCUCCCUCCCCUCCCAGCAGCCUAAUUGUUGCGUUUGAGUGAUCACUGUCCUCAUUUGUCCUGAUAGUAACAUGCAGGGAGAGCAAUGACAAUUAGUGCUGGUUGGUCAGGGGAUUGUGAGGAACUGGGACUAAGGUUUCUGUUGUUGCAUGCUGAACACAACUCAGGAAUUUGGAAUUCCUGUAUGCCAAGAGAAAACAGUACUGUGAGAUAAGAUGCAAAGGUAUUGUAUUUCUGUACUGCACAGCAAUACAGGUGAAGAAAAAAAAGUGAGGAUGUAGUGAUAGCAUUCUGAAUGAAAAAAAAAACAGUAAAAGUUAGGAAGGCUAGGAUAAAAGGAAACACAGAUGGUAUCCUCACUGAUAAGUUGUUUUGCUGUAGUGAAUAUUUUCCCCCCACCUCCUGCUGCCAGCUUAUUCCUGUUCCCGUCAAGGUGUUGUGCUUAUAGUUUUACUUCCAGCUGAGGAAGACGGGGCACAGUUGCAGUGCUAGCUGUGGUCAGGCUUUCUUCUUCUCUCCCAAACAGAGUGUGCAUGUAACCUUACAGAAAGCUAUAUGUAAGUGGUUGCCUUUUAGCCAUGUUUAUUUAACUUAAUUGAUAUUUUCUGAUUUCCAUGUGGAUUAGUAUUAAAAACAAACAAACAAACAAAAAAACACAAACAAACAAACAAAAAAACCCCAACUUUUCCAGGAAAGAGCCAAAUUAUGUUUUAGUGAAACAAAUAAUAUAAAGACCCUUAUGUAGGUGGAGCUAAGAGAACACUGCUUAGGUUCUCAGUUUAAUGAUUUCUGAUUAAUCUUUCUUAGUAAUUAUGGGUAUGAGAGUGUGUAAGAUGCUAUUCGUUUUCUUUGUCCCAAUGGAGAACGAAAUAACCAGUCAUGCUAUUUUUAGUCUUGCAAAUUUUAGAAGUUCCAAAUCUUUACAUAUGACGGAAGAAGACGUUACAGUUUUAAGGCAGCUGCUUAGCAACGCUGCUUUGCUGUUUCGCAGUUGGGCAACGCUUCCCACUUACUGCAGUGGGAUGUACGUCAUUUCACGGUGACUUGCCUUCCAACUUUUCCUUAGAGUUAGUCUUAGAUCGCAGAGAAAAUGAAACAAUAGCAUUUGGAAAGUAUAACAGGAACCUUUGGUGUCUUAACUGAUUUUUUUUUUUGUUUUGUUUUUUAUCAUAAGAUGAUUAAUGCUUUAAUAUCCUUUUGCAAUAAGCACGUUCCAGAAGUUCUGGCUAAGAAAGCUUGGGUGAAGCCCAAGAGUUAAUUCAAACCACUUGGGGAAGCCCCCCUGAAGAUCCCACUCAGUUGGUCCCAGCAUUUGAUGUAUAGCUUCUAUAUAAAUGUGUGCAUGCACGUAUUCCCAAUUGUUCUGCUGCUGCCCAAACUCAUAAAAAUGUUCAAUAGCAGGAAGGGUUGCAUUUGGUAUGAGUGGGUGCUGGAGAAGAUAAGCAAUGAAAGCAGAGAUUGAUCAGGCUUCUGUAUCUCAACAGCGAUGCAAAAAUCAAAGUAAGUAGUCCCAGGAAUGCUAAUUUCAAGAUUGAAGUCACCUAAUCACUUUACUUAGUGGCAACUGUCGGUGGCAAAUCUUUGCUGUACUUGGAGCCAUGUUGCAGGUUACCAAUGUCGUCUUUUGAUAGAUGUCAGUAAAGCACAGAUAAGGUGAUAAAAAAAGACCUUUUGUGGUUUUCAAUGUACUGUCAUGGGAUCUAAGAUAAAGGAAAAAAAAAAUUUCAGCAGAGCCAUAACAGACUGAUACUAGCUUUUUUUUUUCAUUUAUAUAACAGCGAAGUAAAACAAUCUUACAAGCUUUUUCCAUUUUAUACAUUCUGUUAUAAGCUUUUAUUAUUUGAAGCUGAGGAUUUCAAAGUGAUUUAGAAGGCUGAAUUGCCAGUUGUUCAUACAAUGUUGUAUUGUUUGAAACAAUAACUGAAUAAUAAACCAUCAGAGAUCCACUAAGUUAAGGAUAAAUGACGUAUAAUUAAGUAUGAUUAUUUUUUUCUUUUGGAUUCACUUGUACUGGGGGAAAAUCAGCUUUGUAAGCGAGUGAUGCAGAAUUUACUUUGUAACUUGGAGGUUGAGGUCCAUCAGUGCUGUAAGCUCUGCCUUUUAGAAGGUGAUGAAGGAAGAGUACCUGACAAAAUUAACUUAACCAACCACGGUAGAUAUGUUUCUUUGUUAUGGUGAUCUGCAUACAGAUAACAAAACUUUUCAUCAUACACUCAGACCACAUUUGUCCAGCUUUUAUAUUAUGACCGAGGCGUUAUUGUGUUCCUAGGCAUUCCUAGGUAAAGUUAGCAGAUGCUGAUUUCUGCAAAACAAGGAUAUAGAAUAAAAUAAGGAAAAAACCUCUCCCAUAGGGAAUGUUGUCUAGUGUUUCCUUUUGAUACUGUUGUCAGUGCAAGUGGAAUGAGUUUUUGAAAAGAAAAAAGCAUGGGUUUCUGUGAUGUAACCAAGUGUAAGUGUGGUUUUCUGUGCAUGUGAAAAAGCAAUUUAGUGCAAGGUUUUGUGUCCAAAUGGGUAGAAGUGAUUUAUCCAAGUAGAAUACCCUUGCAAAAGAGAUCAGGUAGUGUUGCAGAGCCACGUUAACAGCAGUGUAUUUCUUACAAUUAUACCAUCCCAAAAAUCUUCUUCACUGCUCUCUUGUUUGGUAAACCUCUUGUCACCAAUUUUAGGAACUGGCAUUAAUUUUCUUUGUUGUCCUUGGUUGAGACAAAUGAUACUGCUGUGGGAGAGAAAUCCUAAGAAUACCAAGUACUUCUGAGUUGUUAGUCACUGAAACUUAACGAAGGUGGGAGAAACCCGUGAUUGGAAAAUGGAUAAGCGAAGUGACUAGUUUAAAAUUUAACUUUGAAGUUUCUUACAGUUUAUGAAUGAGAAGAACUAAUGAAAUAAGCUCCAUUUAUAUUUCUGCUGGAAAAAAAGCAAGAUAUUCUUUACCAAUUGUUAGUGAUGUUUAAGGAUACAAAAAGCAUUUGGAGUUCCUGAGGAAGCAAUCUUAUAUAUUGAGGUCAGAGGCUGGUUCUGACACUGUUAGCCAGAAAGGGGCUAGCAAUGUUCAGAAAUGUGGGACUUCCUCUUUGACCUGUUUGUCCAGUAUCAUAAAAGCACACUGCACAACUGAAUUAGCUUUGUAUCAAGUAACGUGGAUGGUUGUAUUCACUUUUUACGUGUCUGAGGCUAAAUAUAUAUCUAGGAAACCACAAAGUGCUGGCUGUUACAGUUGCUUUUGCUAAAUCCUCAUAUUUCCACAUGAAGUCAUUUUCUGAUAUCAGUACAUGGUACCUGGAUCUGAAGCUGUUAGUGUAGCAAUCCUUUCUGUACUGCGUGAGGUUUUGUGAUGUUUUCUUAGCAUGUGUUGUAUUUGCUGUAGAAAGAUUGAGCAGCACCAGGGUGCUAAUUAGAGUUUUUGCAACAUGUUGAUUAAAUGUUAGAAGUAUGUGUUGAGUAGAUCCAGUGAAACCGGUUUUUGAAGUAAAAUACAAACACACUGGCAUUCAGACUUCCUCCAUAAACAAAUGAUUGUGAUUCAUCUUGCAGCAUUUCAUGAACUGUGUGCUUCUUUCCUGGUUAGCAGUCUGCUCUAUGAACACCAGGUUUGCAGACUGCAUUUCAUAUAUUCAACAGGCACUAAAAUGAUAGCAAAAAUAGUUUUCUAUUUUAGUUUCUUCUUUGAAGAUCCUCAUAAGUUGAUACGGAAUUUCUCAAGAGCGAACGAUUUGUCAAACACCUGGGUGGAGCUGAUUACCAGACUGAGGCAGAAAUACAUAUUUUCAUAUUUGGCACCUGCAUUCUGUACUUGAUGGCAAUCUGAAUGUUUACACACUGCCAAGGCAAAUGAGGCAUUGUGGGAGCUGCUGCUGUUCUUGCUUUGACAGGAAUGGUGUGACUCGGAGCCUGCAUUUAGUCACAGGGUAAGCAUGCAAGUGCAGAGCAUGCCUUGUGCAGCUCCUGCUGUUCUGUUGUCCUUGGAGGAACAUACUCUAACCUCCUUCUCUUCUUGCAAUACUGACAGUUGGUAAGGAGUACUUCCAAUGGCCAUUUAUGUUUCAGUAUUAACGUAAAUGGUUUCCAACGGCCAUUUAGUUUUCUGUAUUAACAUUUCAUGUUCUUCAUUUGAGCUGCUCAGAUGUUUUAAGAUUUUUGGUAGGUUCAUACAGAUCAUCCACAAGAACUGUUGUACAUCGUCAUGUUUCCUACGAGGAGCUCAGAGGGCCCUGCAUGAGAAGUUCAGUGUUGUGACAAGUGUUGUACAGAUGGUAGUCCCAGCAGGGAGGACAGUCAGGAUUUGAGGAAGGGGAGCAUGCUGCCCAUCUUCCACUGACAGUGCCAUCUCACUGCAGCAGAGAUGGGACAUGACAUGCAGCCUCUAGGACCGUUCCAGCUGCCCUUGGCCAGCAGAGGUCCAUCAGGGUGUGAGGGAGCAGGCCUUAGCUCAUCAGUUCUGAAAGGAAUGGAGGAGCUAAGUUGUGCUCUUGCUAUGUGAUAUGGCUGGCACGGUGGUCUACAAACUCUUCCUGCAUUUCAUUAAACUCUAUAUAUAUGAAUUUGAUACUCUUAACAGCUGGAUGAGGUCUCUUGCAUAGUAAUAGUAUUGUUGUAAAGCAUCUGCCAGAUGUAGGGGCUUAUUGCCCCCAGACACCAGUCUGUACAGCUGCUAAUAUCAGCUUUCUGCUCUCUUUCUGUCCAUGUCACUACUUUUCCUCUUGCUUCUUCAAAUGUUUUCUACCUCUGCAGACUCAGCUUUCCAAAGGUCUGUCCUAGUGCUAAUGGACCCAUUCCCACAUUAUUUAUUAAGAUUUCUCCCAGCUUAAUAUUAUCAGAUUUAAGCAAUAGUUUGUCCACCUUUCCAUAAUCUCUGGGUUUACUUCUGUGCAUCCAUAGAAGCCUUCUCUAAGCUGAUCAGAAAAGUCACUACUUCUGGAAUGAUCCUAAAGAAUCUGGAAAUGCUGAGCGAACUCUGGGAUUCACUGAGAUGGGUGCUUAUUAGAGGUUUCAACGUUAAAACGCUGACAGGCAAGAACUGCUGCUUUGCACCUGUUGCGUUGUUCGUGCUGCUUCAUUUGCAGCUGCCUCCUCUGUCCUGCCCAGUUCCUCUUUGCAAAGUUUGCAUCUUCUGGGGAGCUGAGGUUUUGGAGGGCAUAUCUUUGAACUGUUUCAAAUGGCAGAUUGUCUUCUAAGGUGUACCAUGCCCAUGAGGGCUUUGGUAUGUUACUGCUGUACAUUUGUCAAUAGUAAACUAAAUAGAUUUUAAUACUAGGGGGAAAUUAGGAUUAUCUCUUGGUGUCAGUACUGGAAGAACCAUUUACAAUUGUACCUUCAAAGAAGAGGGUGUUUUGCAUUGGUGACUUUGAUGAGUUUGUGAUGACGAACAAUGAUGUUGUACUCAAAAAUAUCGCUGAAGAUUUGCGGAAUCAUUUACCCAUUGAGGCAAUGUUUAAUUCAGAACAUCUAGCUAUCCAGAAAAUACAUCAGCAUCCACUGCCCAUGGUUCAUGUUGAUGCAUUCCUUUAUGAUGAUGACUUUCUUGAUACAAUGUGUGAGGAGGGGAGAAUGAGUAGGAACUACUGCACAGAGUGUGGCUCAUACAAGACUGCAUCUUUAGAGUUUAUUUCGCAUUCCUUUUCCCUCAUGGAACUGAAGUUUCUUUAUCAACAUGUACUGCCUGACCUGACAGGAAAGGUAGUGGUUGACGUUGGCUCCAGGCUUGGUGCAGUGCUAUUUGCGGGUUAUCUUUAUAGCUCAGCUUCUCAACUGUAUGGAGUAGAAAUGAAUGCAGACUUUUGCCAGUUGCAAGAAAUGACAAUUACAAAAUACCAGUUCAUUGACAGAAUAAAGGUGGUUCACGCAGACAUCUGUACUCAGGCUUCACUUCUUCAGAAGGCUGAUGUUGUUGUAAUGAAUAACGUCUUUGAAUAUUUUCUUGACAGACUGGAACAGGCCAAAGCUUGGGAGUUUAUUGCUCGUAAUGUAAAGAAAAGAGGGUCCUUGUUAGUUACAGUUCCAAGCCUUAAAGAAUCGCUUUCAAAGCUCCAGACGGAUAUACAGCUUGGCCUAUGGGUAGAGGAGGUGCAGCUAAACUAUGACGUAUAUGUGGAAAAGGAUGCUGACAGAGAAGCACUUGAACAAAUACAUUUAUACAGCAUUCUGUAGUACUUGGAAAAACUUAUUAAUGUCCUUGCAAUAUCGUAUCUUUUGAGUCUAAAAUGAAUUCUGAUUUAUAUGUAUGAAUAAAUUGAAUAACGGUUGUUAUUGUGGUUUUUAAUGUAAGAGUCUUUCUUUUGAAACAAGAUUCCUUGUGGAAGCAUUUUGUCUGACCAAAAUAUAUUGACUUUUAACUAAAAGAUACAUUUUAUUUUUAGCAGAAAUGUUAGAAAGAAUGACUAUUGACUGAUGGCAAAAUAAUUUUUGUUCCGUAGCAUUAUGCACUGCUAAAGUUUGCUGAAUAUAUAAAACCUAAGAAUGGCAAAUCAUUAUUAAUGGAUUAUAGCAAUACAUUUAACA